AUGCUUACGGAAGAGCAGAAGAAGAUAUAUGAUGAGAUUAUAGACGCUGUUUUCAAAGAUAAAGGUGGAGUAUUUUUCUUAUAUGGUUUUAGUGGAACUGGUAAAACAUUUCUUUGGAGAGUUUUAUGUGCAGCCGUAAGGAUCAUGGGAGAAAUAGUGUUAAAUACUGCAUCUAGCCGUAUAGCCUCUCUUUUGUUAGAAGGUGGCAGAACAGCUCAUUCAAGGUUUGGCAUUCCUCUUGAUGUUCAGGAAACGUCUAUGUGCAAAAUGUCAAGGUCUUCUGAUCUAGGUGAAUUAUUCCAAGAAGCGAAGUUGACAAUUUGGGACGAAGCUCCAAUGAUGAGUAAAUACUGCUUUGAGACUUUGGAUAGAAGUUUGAAAGAUAUAAUGCGUGAUCUAGAAGAUAAACAUUUUGGGGGUAAGGUCAUUAUUUUUGGUGGUGAUUUCCGUCAGAUACUUCCCGUUAUUGUUGGUGAUGGUCGUGAACAAAUUAUAGAAGAGUUCUCCAAAUGGAUUCUUGAUGUUGGAGAAGGAAGACUUAACGAGCCAAAUGAUGGAGUUGUUGAUAUUGACAUCCCAGAAGAAUUGCUUAUCACAGAAGUGAACUCUCCAAUUGAAUCGAUCAUUAAUGCAAUAUAUGGAGAUUGGCUACAUUCAGCCAAGGAUGCCAGCUAUUUUCAAAGCAAAGCUAUUUUGUGCCCUACAAAUGAUGAUGUCAACACUAUAAACGACCAAAUGCUAUCCAUAUUAGAAGGUGAGGAAAGAGUUUACUUAAGUUCAUAUACUAUUGAUCCUGCAGAUAAAAGGUCGAAAGACAAUCCUGCAUAUAGCCCGGAUUUCCUAAACUCAGUUAGGAUUUCAGGAGUACCAAACCAUGCUCUGCGUUUGAAAAUUGGUUGUCCAGUAAUGUUGUUACGCAAUAUUGAUGCACAUGGAGGUCUAAUGAAUGGAACAAGACUACAGAUCACACAAAUGGCUGAUCAUGUUUUACAAGCAAGAAUAAUCACGGGAACGAGAGUUGGUAAAAUUGUUCUUUUACCAAGGAUGGUAUUAGUACCAUCAGAUACCCGGUUGCCUUUCAAAAUGAGACGUAGACAAUUUCCGAUAAACAUUGCUUUUGCAAUGGCUAUCAACAAAAGUCAAGGUCAGUCUCUAUCAAAUGUUGGUUUAUACUUGUCUAGACCUGUUUUCUCUCAUGUCCAGCUAUAUGUAGCGAUGUCCCGUAUAAGCUGUAAAUCAGGAUUGAAAAUUCUCAUUGUUGACACAAAAGAAAAACCUCAAAAGAAAACAAGAAAUAUCGUCUUCAAAGAGGUUUUCCAAAACAUUUGA